UUCAUGAUCGCACGGACUUUUAUCGAUUUUUGUGUAUGAAUGUGCCGCUAUAACGCUUUGUAAAUUCAUUAUAGUGUGCGACAAGAUGUGUGUAAACACGAAUUAAUCGUCGCUGGUAUUCUAAAGUUCGUAGAGUAGUAGAGAACCAGCGCACCGCUCGCUGCACAAACUCGUUGACACUUCAUAUUUUAUGCAUUUUUGCGAAUUUAUAUACUAUCCGAUUUAUACGGCUUGGAAAGUCAGUUUUCACGAGUAUAGAAGUAAAUAUGGCCAAUCCAAAUUUAAGAGAUGAGACAUCAACGUACAUGCAAAAUUACUCUUCAGAAGUAGACAUGUCAGAACUUGGUGCUUGUUGUCUCGACUUACUCCAAUCUACAUCAACUUCUACAUCGGAAGCAACAGUAACGCACGCAGAUCUGGUUAUACCCGAAAUAGAUUACUUCAGUGAAAUGAUCGACAGAAAUAGUAUUGGUUAUUGUAAAGAAUUGGAAGAGCCGAUAAAUUCUACAGAACAAUUACCACAAGAUCUCGAGGAGAUGAUCAAUUCGCUUAAACUGGAAGCAACUCAGAGCGCGAAAAAUACGUUUGAAGAUAAGACGAUUGAUUUCCAUUACGGAACUGUGAUACGAGAUGCCGAAAAUGCUCUCAAUGAAGUUCAAAGCCAACCUGAUACAACAAAGUCUAACUUAAUGGUAGGGUACUAUUCAAAACACUGUCAAUUUAUGGUGAAUAUUGUCAAACAAGAAAAAGCCUCUUGCAUUGAUGAUAAUUACAGUCGCUGUGAUGAAGUGAGACUGAAGCAGUUACAGAGGGCUGAAAACCUUCUAGAUAAAUUAGCCAAAUGUUUUACAGAAAUAUCAAAUUCCUAUAAAAAAUAACAUUUUUAUAAAGAAAACAAUUUUCUUAUGAACAUAUUAAUAUUAAAGUUUAAUAUUUUUGCAAUGAUAUUAUAUUAAAAUUAGUCAUUGAUUAGAUUAAAAAUCAAUAA